CCUCUCCUUCCCUACGUGUCUGCGUGCUUCUCCAGCUCCAUGCCCGCCGUGCCCAGGCCCUGUAGCCGCGCUGAGGGACUCGGUCCCGGGCUUUGAUCCACCGCCGCGGCCGCGCUGCCCCGCUCCGUCUGUGUAAGUCCCGCUUUGUGUGCGUAUGUGUGUCCAGCAUGGCGGCGCGCACACUCAGCAAGGACGACGUGAACUACAGGAUGCAUUUCCGCAUGAUCAACGAGCAGCAAGUGGAGGACAUCACCAUCGACUUCUUCUACAAACCCCACACCAUCACCCUGCUGACCUGCACCCUGCUCAGCCUCAUGUACUUCGCCUUCACCCGAGAUGACAGUCAUCAGGACAGCAAUCUCCGCCUGGGCAUUAUAGUGGUCAUCUCCUUUUUCUUGGUCAUCAGUGUGCUGGCCUUCCCUAAUGGUCCAUUCACAAGACCACACCCUGCGAUAUGGAGAAUAGUGUUCGGUCUGAGCGUGCUCUACUUUUUGUUCCUCGUCUUCAUCAUUUUCCUGAACUGGGAGCAAGUGAAGGCUCUGAUGUACUGGCUGGACCCAAACCUCCGCUACGCCAAGCGUGAGGCCGACAUCAUGGAGUACGCAGUGAACUGUCACGUGAUCACCUGGGAGCGAAUCCUCAGUCAUUUUGAUAUCUUUGCGUUCAGUCAUUUCUGGGGCUGGGGCAUGAAAGCGCUGCUGAUCCGGAGCUACGGACUCUGCUGGACCAUCAGCAUCACCUGGGAGCUAACUGAGCUCUUCUUCAUGCACCUCCUGCCGAACUUUGCGGAGUGCUGGUGGGAUCAGGUGAUUCUGGACAUCCUGCUGUGUAAUGGUGGAGGGAUCUGGCUGGGAAUGACCGUCUGCCGCUUUUUGGAGAUGCGCACCUACCACUGGGCCAGCAUCAAGGAUAUCCACUCCACCACAGGGAAGAUAAAGCGUGCUGUCCUGCAGUUUACUCCAGCCAGCUGGACCUACGUGCGCUGGUUUGACCCCAAAUCCUCCUUCCAGAGACUGACUGGGGUUUACCUCUUCAUGAUCGUCUGGCAGCUAACGGAGCUCAACACCUUCUUCCUGAAGCACAUAUUUGUUUUCCCAGCAUGCCACGCUCUCAGCUGGUGCCGUAUCCUCUUCAUCGGCAUCAUCACUGCGCCCACCGUGAGGCAGUAUUAUGCAUAUCUAACAGACACGCAGUGCAAACGGGUCGGGACGCAGUGCUGGGUGUUUGGGGCCAUUGCUUUUCUCGAGGCCUUAGCUUGCAUCAAGUUUGGUCAGGAUCUUUUCUCCAAGACGCAGAUCCUCUACGUGAUCCUGUGGCUCCUGUGUGUGGCCUUCAUCACGUUCCUCUGCCUGUACGGGAUGGUGUGGUACGCUGAGACCUAUGGACCCAGAGAGAAGAGUCUUUCGGAGUGUGAGGACAGCAUUUACGCUGAGAGCGGAGAUAACGAGUAUGUGAAAGGAGACUUUGAGACAGACUCCACAGCUUCCACCAGGAGGAGAGGGAGAAGCUCUGGAAAAAGCAACUCCGUCAACGGGGUGGAAAAAUAAAACAGGACCAUUCCGCAGACGCUGAUGCAGAACUGAUACACCGUAGGAGAAAGAGAAGAGGAGCAGGAGAGCGUUUGACCCUUCAAAAUGAUGGAGGGAAUAUAUCAGGAUGGGGCGCGUAUCUCUUUCGUCUGAGGGUUUUUAUUAGGAAUGUCUCAGUAGCGUUCGUUUCCGGCACUGCCAUGGGGCGCCGCUGAAGGUUUGAUGAUAAUGAUGAUUAUGAUGAUGUGAGCAGCUUUCAGAGUGCACACUGAAUUAAGCCACAUUAAUCUUCCCUAUUGCAGUAUUUGUUAUAGUAUUUACUGUGUUGAAUGACUGACUGUUCUGUGUUUUAUGACCACGCAACUAAGGUUUUGUCCAUUUUGUCCACUGUAGCUACUUGUGUAUCACCUUUCUUCAAUUAAUUCACUCGUGACAUUAACUGGAAGCAAAGCAUGUGAGUGGGCGCACAUUUAUGUUACAUUGACUCUUUGAGGAAUUGUUUAGCGAAAAAAAUCUGAUUUACACAGUUUUCCCUUCUUACCUCUGAUUUUGUUGACAUGUUUUGGUUCUUGUUUAGUUUUAGCACUGGAGCUGCGAGGAUAACCUAGCUAACGUGUUAUUUGCAUAUCUAAAUAAUCACCCGCUGCCCUCAAACCAUGUGGAGUUGUUUAAUAAUCUCUAAUAGACUUAAUUAUUUGGGUUCUGAUGCUGUUUGACUCACUGUUGUCUAUAAACAUGGACAAAAGUACACUACCAUCGCUAAACAGUAGUAGCAACCUGAGCUUUGAGACGGUUUAGGCUGGAGCUUUAAUCUGGCUAGAAAUUUUGGUCCAAACCGGAUCCACAGCACUCCAAACCGGAAUUGUGGCCAACAGAUUUCUUUAAGAACCUGAUAUGAAAAAAUGACCCGAGCCACAUCAGGCUAGAUGAUGUCUGAACUACAUCAUCUAGUUUUACUCUGAAACUCACUCAAGCCCAACAGAAUUCUCUAAGAACCAAACCCAACCCAAACCGUCACACCAAGUUUAUAAUCUGAAAUUCACUCAAGCCCAACAAGAGUUUGUAAGAACCCGACCACAUCAAGUUUUUAGCCUGAAAUUGACCCAAGCCCAAUAAAAUUAUGUAAGAACCUGAUCCAACCUAAACCACGUCAUCUAGUUUUUAUGACAAAAUUGACCCGAACCCAAAAAAAUUCUGUAAAAACCUAAGCCAACCCGGACCAAGUCAUCAAGUUUUAGUUCAAAGCUGACCCAAGCCCAACAAAAUUCUGUAAGAACCCGAGCCAACCCGGACCAAGUCAUCAAGUUUUAGUUCAAAACUGACCCAGUGAGAACCCAAGCCAACCCGAACCACGUCAAGUUUUCAGUCUGAAAUGGACACUAGCCCAACAAGAUUCUGUAACAACCAGACCCAGCCCAACCACUUCAUCUAGUUUUUAGUGUGAAAAUAACCCAAACCCAACAAGAUUCUAUAAGAACACGGGUGAACCCGAACCACGUCAUCAAGUUUUUAUUCCAAAACUUACCCACGCCCAACAGAAUUCUGUAGGAACCGGACCUAACCUUCUAUUUCUUCUUCUUUCGGCUGCUCCCUUUAGGGGUCGCCAGAGCGGAUCAUCUGCCUUCAUCUUGCCCUAUCCACUGCCUCCUCUACUUUUACACCAACCAUCUCCAUGUCCACCUUCACUACA